CCGCAGUUGCACCCAUCCGAACACAGCGAGGUUUGUUUACACUCGAGUCAGCUGAUCACUCCCACUCCAAUCAGGUACCAGUACUUACAUUGCAGAGAAAUGAGUGGUGUACAAGGCAUCAUUGUAUGUGGAGAAGCCUCAGAAUCAGAAGAGGAGGAGGAAUUUUGUGCGGCAACGGCAAGAGGACACAAAGGUUUGACUCCGAAAUCAGGAGGAUCCACAGACACAAAGGGUCAGCUCAAGCCCCCUGAACCAAAGCACACACAAAAGCAACAGCGACCUCAACAACAGCAGAAGAAAGGCCACCAGUCUUUGUUGCACCAAAAAUUAUGGGAAGCAAACGCGUCGAUGGAAAAGAACAUUGCCAAAGCAAUAUGUGGACCUCUGACCACAGAAACCACUCGAAUAUCACGUUUGAUUGCCUCCCUGCCAGCUGCUCAGAAUUCAACUCUCAGUGCCCAUGCAGCACUCACAAACGCAGCAAGGAACCUCUCGAAUUCUCACUUUUUGUUGGCCUCUCUGAACUGUAAUCCUCUAGCCUCUCUCAAAGCCCCUUAAUUCCUUCUUGAUUGUUAUUUUUCCCUCAUUCUUUUUUGUUUUAGACUAGCUGUUUCCUUUGUUAGAUCUUUUUCUAUAUCUAGCUCUAUCUAGUUCAGGCUGAAUUUCUGUAAUUAGUCUAAUGUAAUUACUUACAUGUUUUAUUACUCUUUUCUAACAGAGGAUAAAGCAAAAACAUCCUUCACUACAAACUUUUUAUUUGUAUUUCAGUGAAUCUAUAUAAAGCCUUUUGCUUUUAGGAAUAAUGAGAUCUUGUUUCAGGAGGGUUUAUUUUUUACUCUCCUUUCCUUGCUUGGUCGAAAAAUCUGCCAAUGUCAGAUAUGCCUAUGUGAUAUUUAUGUACUCAAUAAAAAAAUAUUAUUAA